CGCCCCCCAUCCAAAGGGUCCUCCUCCUCUCUCCCGAAACCCUUGCCCUGGCCCUGACCCUGACCCUGAGCAUGCACAUUGCGCAAGCUUAAUUUCACCAGAGGCUACUGUAAUUCUUUACGUGGAAGGUAAACCCUUGGUUCUCUUAAUUCACUCCAGCAGAGAGAAAAUUCUAAAGGAAUUACCUCCCAAACUUUGCAAAAUUUUCUUAUUUUUCGUUUUCUUUUUCCCGGUGAUUUGGUGUUUUAAGCACCAAGAUUUCUUGAAUAUUUACUCUUAGGGAUUCUCUUUCGCUGACCGUUUUGCCUCUUCUCUUUUGUUGAUUCAAUUUUAAUCUUUUGGCCUUCUGGUGAUGGCCACUAAGAAAAUCAUAGCCAUAUGCCAAUCUGGAGGGGAAUUUUUGACAAAUAAAGAUGAUGGCUCUUUAUUUUAUACUGGAGGCGAAGCUUAUGCUCUGGACCUCGAUCAUCAGACCCAGUUGAAAGAUUUCAAGCAUGAACUUGCCGAAACCUUUCAAUGCAGUGCAGACGCAAUGGCAAUCAAGUAUUUUCUUCCUGGAAACAGGAAGACUUUGAUUACCAUAUCCAAGGAUAAGGAUCUCAAGCGCAUGGUUAACUUCUUCAAGGACUCUGAUCAAGUUGAGGUCUUCGUAAUUGCUGAAGAAGCUGCUGCUCGAAAUAUGUCCAACAUGCCUGCUAGUAGGUCUAGCAGGACAACUGUGUCCGAGGCUGCAAUUCCAUCUGAUGUACCAGUGGAUUUGAUGCAAACUGAUGAUGCAAUUGUGUUGGAUGAGCCUAUUGAAACUACACCACUUGGUGCAUGUCCAUUUAGCAAUGAAGAGAAGCACCGGAGAGCAGCAAUUCAGUGGGAGAACAUCAUAACUGGUGUGGACCAAAGAUUCAAUACUUUUGCUGAAUUUCGUGAAGCGCUGCAUAAAUAUUCCAUUGCUCAUGGAUUCACCUACAAAUAUAAGAAAAAUGACAGCCAUCGCGUGACUGCCAAGUGCAAAAUAGAAGGAUGUCCGUGGCGCAUAUAUGCAUCCAGGUUGGCUACUACUCAAUUAAUAUGUAUAAAGAAAAUGAACCCCGAGCAUACGUGUGAAGGGGCCACCGUUAAAGCUGGUUAUAGAGCGACUAGGGGAUGGAUAGGAAGUAUCAUAAAGGAAAAACUGAAAGUUUCCCCAAAUUACAAACCGAAAGAUAUUGCCAGUGAUAUCAAGCGUGAUUAUGGCAUUCAGUUGAACUAUACGCAAGCAUGGCGAGCCAAGGAGAUUGCAAGGGAGCAGCUUCAGGGAUCUUAUAAAGAGGCGUACUCACAGUUACCUUUUUUCUGUGAGAAGAUAAUGGAGACUAAUCCAGGCAGUCUAGCUACAUUCAGCACUAAGGAAGAUUCGAGCUUCCGACGAUUUUUUGUAUCAUUUCAUGCCUCAAUAUCUGGUUUUCACCAGUGUCGUCCUCUUCUUUUUCUUGAUAGCACUCUCCUUUACUCGAAAUAUCAAGGAACUUUAUUAGCUGCAACAGCUGCAGAUGGAAAUGAUGAUUUUUUCCCUGUAGCUUUUGCUGUGGUAGAUGAAGAGACCGAGGAAAACUGGCAUUGGUUUCUGUCACAACUGAAAUCCGCUCUCUCAACAUCAGAGCAAAUUACUUUUGUUUCUGACUUCCAGAAAGGCAUAAGAGAGUCCUUGCUUGAUAUAUUUGGCAAGGAGUGCUAUCACGGUUACUGUUUACGGUGUCUUGCAGAGAAGCUUAAUAAAGAUCUUAAAGGACAAUUUUCUCAUGAUGCGAGACGCCUCAUGGUUCAAGAUUUCUAUGCUGCUGCCUAUGCACCAAAACUUGAGAUGUUCGAGAGGUGUGUUGAAAACAUAAAAGCUAUCUCAGUUGAGGCUUAUAAUUGGGUUGUUAACAGUGAGCCAGAUCACUGGGCCAAUGCAUUUUUCGGUGGGGCUAGAUAUAACCAUAUGACAUCAAACUUUGGCCAACAGUUCUACAGUUGGGUGUCUGAGGUGGAUGAGUUGCCUAUAACUCAGAUGGUAGAUGUGUUGCGUGGCAAGAUUAUGGAAUUGAUAUAUAGGCGACGACUUGAAUCCAGUCAAUGGGUAACAAGGUUGACACCUUUUAUGGAGGAUAAACUUCAGCAUGAGAUAUCAAAAGCAAGAUCACUUCAAGUGUUACUCUCGCAUGGUAGUACAUUUGAGGUCCGUGGUGAAUCAGUUGACAUAGUUGACAUUGAUCACUGGGACUGUAGUUGCAAGGGGUGGCAGCUCAGUGGAUUGCCUUGCUGCCAUGCUAUUGCUGUUCUUGAAUGCCUUGGCCGGAGCCUUUAUGAUUAUUGCUCUAGAUUCUUCAUGACUGACAGCUACCGCUCAACUUAUACAGAGUCAAUCAAUCCCAUGCCAAAUGUGGAGAAACCAGAAAGAAGUGAGCUGCAGGAAGCAACUAUUGUAACUCCUCCACCUACAAAACGACCACCAGGGCGACCAAAAUUGAAAUUGGUUGAAUCCGUGGAUAUCAUUAAACGUCAGCUCCAGUGUAGUAAGUGCAAAGGCCUGGGCCACAAUAAGAAAACAUGCAACAAGGUGAACGGGAUAGAGGCACCAGAGACUCCUGUCUUGACAAGGGUGGCCAUUGAAGAACCAGAAGGAAGCACUUGAGUUGUUACCACCCAUUGCAAUGUGAACUUGGGUCUUGUUCUUUGUUACCAAAGGACAUUGGAUGCUUUAAGAUAGUUCUCUGGAAAUGAGAAACGCUCAUUUUACUGGAUUAGUAAGGGAAUUUUCUUAGUUAUAAUCUUUGGGUUUCCCCUUGAAUAUGAACUAGAUUACUCUGUUCCAUAAAAGAGAGUUGAUUAUUAUUGUUUA